AUGGACAGUAAACCAUGGACAGUGAACCAUAGAAAGUUAGCCAUGGACGUGUCAUGCCAAGGUGACAUUCCUCUUCCUAAUAAAGCUAGUAUUAGCUGUCCUCCAGAUAAAGCUAGUAUUAGCUGUCCUCCAGAUAAAGCUAGUAUUAGCUGUCCUCCAGAUAAAGCUAGUAUUAGCUGUCCUCCAGAUAAAGCUAGUAUUAGCUGUCCUCCAGAUAAAGCUAGUAUUAGCUGUCCUCCAGAUAAAGCUAGUAUUAGCUGUCCUCCAGAUAAAGCUAGUAUUAGCUGUCCUCCAGAUAAAGCUAGUAUUAGCUGUCCUCCAGAUAAAGCUAGUAUUAGCUGUUCUCCAGAUAAAGCUGGUACUAGCUGUCCUCCAGAUAAAGCUGGUACUAGCUGUCCUCCAGAUAAAGCUGGUACUAGCUGUCCUCCAGAUAAAGCUAGUAUUAGCUGUCCUCUAGAUAAAGCUGGUACUAGCUGUCCUCCAGAUAAAGCUAGUAUUAGCAGUCCUCUAGAUAAAGCUGGUACUAGCUGUCCCCCAGAUAAAGCUAGUAUUAGCUGUCCUCUAGAUAAAGCUGGUACUAGCUGUCCUCCAGAUAAACAUGUGUAA